AUGUCGACCCCUCCAAUUCUCAUCAUCGGUGCUGGCAUCAGUGGCCUCAUCCUCGCCCAAUAUCUGCAAAGUCGCCAAAUUCCCUUUGAGAUAUUCGAGCGCGAUUCGGCAUUUGAUGCACGAAACGGAGGAUGGGGACUAACGCUUCACUGGGCCCUCCCAGCCCUACGACAGUUGCUACCCGAGCAUCUAGUAGCUCGGUUCCCGGAGACGUUUGUCAACAAGGAUGCAGCAGCCCGCGGGGAUAUGGGACGAUUUCAAUUCUUCGAUUUGAAAUCCGGCAAAGCCCUUUACAAUGUCCCUGCCGAAGAACGGAUUCGCGUGAAUCGAGGACGAUUGCGGGAGUUGUUGACAACCGGACUGGACAUUCAAUGGAACAAAACAUUUGUUAAUCUCGAGUCGUCGGAGUCUGCCAUUACCGCUCGCUUUGAAGAUGGAUCUUCUUGUACUGGACGUCUGCUCGUUGCUGCUGACGGUGCACGGUCGCGCGCCCGACAGAUCUUGUAUCCCCAGGGAUAUGCAAUGAAUUCACUACCUGUACAGCUUCUGGGGGCAUCAACACUUUACACGAGAGGACAACUGGGCGGUGCAGAGUUGAUCGACCCUUAUAUCUUCCAAGGGUCCCACCCCGACACCGAUGUGUUUUUAUUUUUCAGUUUUCUGGACACCCCGAGCAACUUUCAGGACAGCAGCAGGGAUGAGUAUCUCUGCCAGAUUAUCGUCUCAUGGGCUGAUCAAAAGGGCAUCGCUCUGCCUUCGGGAAGCACAGAUCGUAUCGCGCUGAUGAAACAGUUGACUGAGAACUGGGCCGAACCUUUUCGCUCCUUGAUACACAAUCUACCUGAAGACAAUGAGGCUCGGUCAAUCCGCAUUGAGGAUUGGAUCUUUCGUCCUGGCCAGCGUGAUGCGCACCCUCGAGCAAUACUCAUGGGAGAUGCGGCGCACACUAUGACCAUGUUCCGUGGCGAAGGUGCCAAUAAUGCGAUCGUGGAUGUCUUGGAUCUAGUCACGAAGCUGAAUUUCGACAUGGGGAACCCAUCGUAA